AGACCAUCUUCUUCAAAGUAGAAAAAAAAAGGGAAAAAAAAAGAGGGAGAGAGAGAGGGAUUGAAGGUAUUGGUGUUGAGGAUUUGGUAGGUUGUGGUGAAGAUUUGGAUGAACUGGAGAGGACCCCACUGCCUCUCCAUCUCCAUCUUCACCACACUCUCAAUCCUAUUCUCCUUCUCCAAGAUCUCCAUCUCUCCCUUUCCUUUCAUUAAUCCCAUCUUCUCCCAUUUUUCCCCAAUUUUUUGUCCUUGUUUUGAUUUGGUUUGUGACAAGCUGUAAAAAAGUUUCAAUCUUUUCUUCUCUGAUUGAAGAAAGUUAUAAUUUUGAUUCUUGUUCUGGUUGAAAGUUGCGAGCUUUUUAUACUUUUGGUGGGUGUUUCUCUUUGUUGGCUUAAUGCACAACUUGCGAUGUUCUUCCUGCUCUUAUCUUCUCUUCCUUUCAUCUUCCUCCUUUCCAAGUCCCUCCCUUUGAAGCAGACACACUGGCUUGAUCUUGUCCCAAGUCUGAAUCUUUCCAUCAAGAUGUCAAGCAAGAGGAGGAGUCAAAGUGAAGGGGAGAAUGAGGGAGAGAAUGAUAUGUUUCCUUCUGUUCUGGAUUUGCCAGAGCUGGCUCUGGACAUGGUCCUUGGCAAGCUUUCUCCUGCUGGGCUUUCAAGCAUGUCCUGUGUUUGCAAAUCUUUGAGGGAGACUUGCAGGAGUGAUCAUAUGUGGGAGAAGCACAUGAAAGCAAAAUGGGGGAGAUUAAUUGGCAAGGCUGCUCAAAGACAGUGGGACUUGUGUAUGGCCUUGAGGAAUCAAUCUUUGUGCAAGGCUAAAGGCAAAGGUUUCUUUGCCCGUCUCUCUUGUGUUUUGCCUCUUCAUUGGAUUAAGUCUAGGAUUGAUGGUGGUGCCAAAUCAAAAGGUGUUUUCUUCCCUGAUGUUUCCAUUAUGUCCUGGUAUCUCUCUCUUGAAAAUGGCAAGUUCUGGUUCCCUGCUCAGGUUUACAACAGAGAGCAUGGGCAUGUUGGAUUCAUGUUGUCUUGCUAUGAUGCUGAAGUCAGUUAUGAUUGUCAUACUGAUACCUUUCGCGCAAGGUACCCUCCACAUGGCCGGAGAACGGUUGUGAUUGAAGAGGGAGUGCAAUGGGAGAGACUGAGAGCAUCACCUGUUGAAACUUCUGCACAUGAGCUUCAUAUUUCUGAUUGUUUGCAUGAAUUACUGCCCGGUGAUCAUAUUGAGAUUCAGUGGAGAAGGAACAAAGAAUUCCCAUAUGGAUGGUGGUAUGGAGUUGUUGGUCACUUGGAGUCUUGCGACGGUAGUGAGUACCAUUGCCGAUGUCAUAACAGUGAUACUAUCAUGUUAGAGUUUAAUCAAUACACACCUGGUUCAAGAUGGAGACGAGCAGCUGUAAAUCGGAAAAAUCAUCGUGAAGAAGGGAAUGAGACUGACGGAUUUUACGGAGGGAUUCGAAAACUCAAAAGCAAGGAUGAAAUCAAUAUGUGGAAGCAGCUGUGGCCAACUGAUAACCUGGAAUAAGUGUUGAUCAGUGAAUCCUUGUCGUCUUGAAUCUAUUUGUUGUAAAUUCACUAUUCUCUUGCUAAAUCGAUUCUGCAUGAGAUAACAAGAUAAAAAGGAAAAAAAAGGAACAAUUUUUAUUCGAGUCCGCAUGGAUACCAUGCUCUUUUUGUCUUCCGGUCAUGAGGUUCCAGGUUUUAUGCAGAUUCUCGCGGCUGUAGUUUUAGAAUGAAAACAUUUCUAUGUAAAUUACUUCUUGUAGGUACAAUGCUUGAUGUGUUAAUCUAGUAUUCUCAUCGGCGAAUUAUAA